AUGGCGGACGAUCUUCUCCUACAAGAGGGAGAAGGCGCUAACCGUAGCCACCACUCUGAUUCUCCUUCUCCCAACGAAGACAAAGUGAUCGACGGUGUAGAUUUCAUCAGCUCUUUACCGGAUCCGAUCCUCCAUGUUAUCUUGUCCUCUAUCCCGACAAAGUUCGCCAUCAGAACAUCUGCAUUGUCCACGCGUUGGAGGCAUGUAUGGUGCGGCACACCUACUCUCUCCAUUGAUUUCCUUAAGAGAAAGCGUGACGCAAUCAUGGAAACCUUAACUCGCCACUACUCUGCUCCCAGAAUCAUUAGCUCCAAUCUCUGUAUCAGCGACGAUGUCAACAGUGGUCAAGGUGUGUGCCUAUGCUCCUUUGUUCUACCAGCUACAACCAAAUCCCAGGUUGAUAGCUUCAUCGAGUUAGGCAUGGCGGAGAUGAUGUUUCUGGCGUUCCGUGAUCCUUGCUUUAAGAAUUACGAGUUUCCUGAUCUCUUCUACACCAACUCCUCUUUGAAGCUACUCUCCGUCAACACGGGAAACAUCGUAACCGUUCCCACCGUCGUCUCUUGGACGUCUCUAAGGAUCCUGUAUCUGAAUUUCUGCAAACUUUCCGAUGCAUCGUUUGCUAAGAUCCUCUCUGGUUCUCCACUGCUUGAAAGCUUGGCAUUAUUUUACUGUCUGGAUCUUGAGCAUCUUGAUCUGAGCGGCUCUCUGAAGUUGAGGAGAUUGGCUAUAGACACCUUGGGACCAAUGCAGAUUGUGGCACCACAUGUCCAUUGUUUGACACUGAAUCACACUCAUCAUAAAUGUGAUUUAGUAACUGUCUCUUCUUUAACCGAAGCUAGCGUGGACAUUACCUGUACGGAGCUUGAGGUCUUUUGCACUAGUGAUAGUGGAACUGAUUUGGUUCUACUGAUGAUAGUGGAUAUGCUAGAAAAGUUGAAGAACGCGAAGAAGCUUACUUUUGGGGCUAUCUUUCUUCAGAUCUUAUCUCUUGCCGAGGCCUGUGAUGUUCCUUUCCCGACACUCAAAGUGGAAGUUCUGACUCUUAAAACGGUGAUUGCUGCGUCUGUUAUUCCUGGUAUAGCAAAACUGCUACAAAACUCGCCAAGUUUGAAGAAGGUUAAACUUGACAUGGUUCAACGCUUCAUCUUCAUCAUUCCGGUAUAUAAUUAA